AUGGUUUUGCUUACCGGAAACUCUGACGCAGACAGUGUGGUAGAACACCUGUUCACAGGUCGGAUCCAGGCACAGCGCAUCAAAGUCACACCUUUACAGUUUCACUUGCGGCCCUGUCUCCGGAUCGAAAUCAUUGGAUGUGCUUUUAUUCACGGCGAAAACGUGGCUCUCACCAACUCAGUAACAGAAGGGUACAUCAUGUCACCCAACUACCCGAGCAACUACCCAACUGAAAUGGACUCUAAUUGGAUAAUCACUGCGCCAUCGGUCAUCCAACUGGACUUUGUUGAUACUUUUGACAUUGAAUAUGGCCCUAAUUGCCCGUACGAUUAUGUGAGAGUCAUCGAUGGAUUAUUGAGCACUUCUCCCGUUUUGGGCACAUUCUGCGGAACCGAACUCCCUCCAAUCGUGAGGGCGACCGGCAACGCCAUGACAGUUCAGCUCCAUUCGGACUACAGUGUGCCACGUACAGGCUUCAAGGCCAAGUACAGCAUCGCUAUACCAUGCCCUCCCCUGACGGCCCCAGCGAGUGGAGCUCUGAGUCCAGUCGGACCGCACUACCACCCGGACGUGGUCACGGUCACCUGUAACCAGGGUUAUGUGCUUGAUGGAGACUCUGAUUUGACGUGCCAAGCUGACGCUUGUCUUCACGGCGAGUACCUGGCUCUCACAGACUCAGUAACAGAAGGGUACAUCAUGUCACCCAACUACCCUGGCAACUACCCAGAGAGAACGGACUGUUCUUGGACAAUCACCGCACCAUCAGUCAUCCAGCUGGAGUUUGUGGGGACGUUUGACAUUGAGUUCUAUCAGGGUUUAAAUUGCGACUACGAUUGGGUAAAAGUCUACGAUGGACGAAUCAGUCCUUCCUCCCUCUUGGGCACAUUCUGUGGAAUCGACCUUCCUCCGACCGUACGGACUGUCGGUAACGUCAUGACAGUUCAGUUCCACACAGACUACAGUGAGCGACGUGCAGGGUUCAGGGCCAAGUACAGCAUCGGUAAAUAG